UAGGUUACCUUGUAACCUACCCAUAAAAUGAGAGGUUAGCCAUAUAAUGCCUGGUUUUCACUAAGUCAAAAUAAUUGACAUCAAAAACUGCCUAAACGAACAGCUGUGCUUUUGGUGGCAAAUGCGUUUUCAUUACAACAUCCAAACUGACCGAAUGUCGAUACUGCAGUGCCUUUCAAAAACUGUCGUCAAUUUUUGGUGUCAGAUGAUUGACCACCUGUUUUCAUUUAUGUCAAUUGUGAACAGGCAAUUGUGAACAGGCAAUUUUGACAGCUGUUAAAUUGAAGAUAUAAUUAUUUUUAAAUAAGUGCGUGAAAGUGUAAAAAUGAAUAAAAAUAGAAAAAUUACAAUAGUAACUGUGGCGUUAUGUCUUAUAACGUCAUUAAAAGCUUGGAAAAAGAAAAGGACUCAGCAAAGGAAACCAAAGCAGUGGUGGAUUAGACCAGGAUUAAGGAAUCGUUGCACCAGUGGAUUUUACUCCACACUUCGAUCCAAGCUGGUUUCUCAGGACCCAAAGUGGUUGAAGAACUUCCUGAGAAUGACUCUGGAAGAUUUCGAUUUUUUAGUGGUGCGUCUUACUCCAUAUAUUUACAAAAGAAACACACGAUUCCGUGAAGCGAUCUCGGUCGGUGAAAGACUGGCGGUAACACUACGCUAUUUAGCCACAGGUGAUAACUUCUCGAGUUUGAUGAGUGUUUUUCUAUUGGGGAAAACUACCAUCUGCCAUAUAGUGCAUAACACGUGUAGUGCAAUUUUUAAAGCUUUAAAGGACGAAUUUUUAAAAGUUCCAAACACUCAUGAGGAAUGGACAGAAAUAGCGGAACGUUUUUACCAGCGAUGGAAUUUCCCUAAUUGUUGCGGUGCGUUGGAUGGGAAACAUAUAGCGAUUCAGGCGCCUGCGAACUGCGGUUCUGAGUAUUUCAACUACAAGAAAUACAAUAGCAUCGUUUUGAUGGCUAUGGUUGAUGCCGACUAUAAAUUUUUAUUUGUUGAAGUUGGAGCUUAUGGUCGGGAAUCUGAUGGAGGCGUUUUCGCAAGGUAAAACUAAUAUAAAAUAAUAUCAUUGAACGUUAAUAACUAAAAAACAUUAUUAUUUUUCAGAUGUGCUCUUUCGACGGCACUUGCAGAAAACAGUUUAAAUUUUCCGCCAGCGAAGUCACUUCCACAUGAAAGUGAUGAAAUGCCAUUUGCCAUUGUAGCUGACGACGCUUUUCCUUUAAAAACAUAC